UUUAUUUAUUUCCCCGCUCAAAACACAAUUUUUCACACUUUUCUUUGCUCUCUUAAAAUAUAUUUGUUUACGCCCAUUUUUUACCCCUAUUUAAUGUUUUGGCCUAUUCUUUUUAAUCACUUGCUCUUAUUCAGUUACUUGCUUCUUACUUGCUUACUACCACUUGUUUUGUCCAUCACUUGUUGUUUUUUCCAUUACUUGCUUUUGAAUUGUUUCCAGCUUUUACUUGCUUACCCUUUUAUUGCCAGCGCUCCCUGA